AGGAGAGCAGGAGAAGAGGCAGGAGCAGGAGCAAGAGCACGAGCACGAGCACGAGCACGAGGCAGGAGCAGGAGCACGAGCACGAGCACGAGCACGAGGCAGGAGCAGGAGCGACGCCUCCGAACAUCUCAUCCUUCACAUCGAAGCCCGUUUAUUUUACGCGCAGCUUUUACGCACGUGUCCGCCCCCCCGGAUCCAGACGCCUCGUCCUCGCCGAUCGUCCGCCGGCAUUUAACGGAAAUAACCCGAGGACAGUGCGUUCCGCCCCCCCCCCCCCCCCCCCCCCCCCGGAGCAAGGCUUGCAUCGUGGCUCUUUCGGAGGCGGCAUGUUCGAGGGACGCCGCGGACCCCCAUGAACUCCUGCUUUCCCCCAGAGAGGAUUCAAUGAAAAUGUCUGUGUGCGUCCACGAGAACAGGAAGUCCCGAGCCAGCACCGGCUCCAUGAACAUCUACCUGUUCCACAAGUCCUCCUACGCCGACAGCGUGCUCAUGCACCUCAACUCCCUGCGGCAGCAGCGGCUCUUCACGGACGUCCUGCUCCACGCCGGCAGCCGCUCCUUCCCGUGCCACCGCGCCGUGCUGGCGGCCUGCAGCCGCUACUUUGAGGCCAUGUUCAGCGGCGGGCUGAGGGAGAGCCAGGCCAGCGAGGUGGACUUCCGCGACUCCAUCCACCCGGAGGUUCUGGAGCUGCUGCUCGACUACGCCUACUCGUCCCGCGUGGUCAUCAACGAGGAGAACGCAGAGUCGCUGUUGGAAGCCGGGGACAUGCUGGAGUUUCAGGACAUCCGGGACGCCUGCGCCGAAUUCCUCGAGAGAAACCUUCACCCGUCUAACUGCCUCGGCAUGCUCCUGCUGUCCGAUGCCCACCAGUGCACCAAGCUGUCGGAGCUCUCCUGGGGCAUGUGCCUUGGCAAUUUCCCCGCCAUUUGCAAGACGGAAGACUUCCUGCAACUGCCCAAAGAUAUGGUGGUGCAGCUUUUGUCCCACGAGGAGCUGGAGACGGAAGAUGAGAGACUGGUUUAUGAAGCUGCCCUCAACUGGAUCAACUAUGACCUGGAAAGGAGGCACUGUCACCUCCCAGAGCUCCUAAGGACUGUCCGCCUGGCCCUGUUGCCGGCCAUCUUUCUCAUGGAGAAUGUUUCGACAGAGGAGCUCAUCAAUUCGCAGCCCAAGAGCAAGGAGCUGGUGGAUGAAGCUAUCCGCUGCAAGCUGAAGAUCCUGCAGAACGACGGCGUCGUCAACAGCCCGUGCGCUCGACCCAGAAAGACCAGCCACGCCCUAUUUCUUCUGGGAGGGCAGACCUUCAUGUGCGACAAGUUGUACCUCGUAGACCAGAAAGCCAAAGAGAUCAUCCCCAAGGCGGACAUUCCCAGUCCCAGGAAGGAGUUCAGUGCCUGCGCCAUUGGCUGCAAGGUGUACAUCACUGGGGGGAGGGGCUCAGAGAACGGCGUGUCCAAAGACGUGUGGGUCUACGACACCGUCCACGAGGAGUGGUCGAAGGCGGCGCCCAUGCUCAUUGCCCGGUUCGGCCACGGCGCCGCGGAGCUGAAACACUGCCUCUACGUGGUCGGAGGUCACACGGCGGCGACCGGCUGCCUCCCGGCCUCUCCGUCCGUUUCGCUCAAACAGGUGGAGCAGUUCGACCCGGUGGCCAACAAGUGGACCAUGGUGGCUCCUUUGCGAGAGGGCGUGAGCAACGCGGCGGUGGUCAGCGUCAAGCUCAAGCUCUUCGCCUUCGGAGGAACCAGCGUCACCCACGACAAGCUGCCCAAGGUGCAGUGCUACGACCCGCAGGAGAACCGGUGGUCCGUGCCCGCGUCGUGCCCGCAGCCGUGGCGCUACACGGCCGCCGCCGUGCUGGGGAACCAGAUCUUCGUCAUGGGCGGGGACACGGAGUUCUCGGCGUGCUCGGCUUACAAGUUCAGCAGCGACAGCUACCAGUGGACUAAAGUGGGCGACGUGACGGCCAAGCGGAUGAGCUGCCAGGCCGUGGCCUCGGGGAACAAGCUGUACGUGGUGGGCGGGUACUUCGGCACGCAGCGCUGUAAAACUCUGGACUGCUACGACCCCACGUUGGACGCCUGGAACAGCAUCACGACGGUGCCGUACUCGCUCAUUCCCACGGCUUUCGUCAGCACCUGGAAACAUCUGCCUGCAUGAGCCCCGGACCCACUGCACUCUUUCCACGAG